GGCUCUGUGAAGUGCACCGUGGGCAGGGGGCGACGUUUCUUCAGAGUCAAGAAGGGCUACAGUGAGCCCCUUUACCCGCUGAGCCGCCUGGCAGCGCAGGGGGCCGGGAGCCAGGAUGUUUCUAGAGCCUCAGCCUCCUUCUCUCCCAGGAAGCUAUGCCCCAGACAUUUGUCUUCUCCAGCGUAUUCUCGCCCAGCUGUAGUGAACAGGGACAGCCCAACAUGGGGGAGUGCAGCAAGAGUGGCUCCGGAGACCUCAUCUUCCAAGAUGGACACCUCAUCUCAGGGUCUCUUGAAGCCCUGGUGGAACACCUGGUCCCCACGGUGGACUAUUACCCUGAUAAGACGUACAUUUUCACUUUUCUGCUGACUUCCCGGGUCUUCAUCCCCCCUAAUGACCUGCUGGCCCGAGUAGGGCGGCUCUGCUUGGCACAAAGGCAGCAGCUGGAAGCGGGCCCUGACCAGGCUAAGCGGAAAUCCUUUUCAGUCAAGACUGUACAGCUUCUGAAGGAGUGGACCGAGGCCUUCCCGUGCGACUUCCAGGAAGAGAAGGCCAUGGCUGAGCUGCGCGCCAUCACUCACUGCAUUACUCAACGUGAUGAGGAGAACAGCACCGUGAAGAAAGCUGUGACCCAAAUGACACAGAAGCUGCUACUGUCCCUGGCAGCUCGGAGCCAGCUCCAGGAGAUCUGGGAGAAGUUCCACCCCUCAGCCAUGAACAAAGGGGCUGUCCUCAAUACUAAAUCACCGACCACCCAGAAGGACAUCCUGAGUGUGUGUUGUGACCCUCUGGUGCUGGCUCAGCAGCUGACCUACAUUGAGCUGGAGCAGAUCCACAGCAUCCACCCAGAGGACCUGAUGCAGAUCCUCAGCCACAGAGACUCCCUGGAUAACCAAAGGUGCCAAGGAGCUCAGACCAAGAUCUACAGCCUGGAGGCCUACGACAACUGGUUCAACUGCCUCAGCAUGCUGGUGGCCACUGAGGUGUGCCGGGUGGUCAAAAAGAAGCAACGGACACGCAUGGUGGAGUUCUUCAUUGAGGUGGCCAGGGAAUGCUUCAACAUUGGGAACUUCAACUCCAUGAUGGCCAUCAUCUCUGGCAUGAACCUCACUCCUGUAGCUCGGCUGAAGAAAACAUGGUCCAAAGUCAAGACGGCCAAGUUUGACGUCCUAGAGCACCACAUGGAUCCAUCCAGUAACUUCUGUAACUACCGCACCGCCCUGCAAGGGGCCACACAGAGGUCCCAGAUGGCACACAGCAACAGAGAGAAGAUUGUGAUCCCUGUGUUCAACCUUUUUGUGAAGGACAUUUACUUCCUGCACAAAAUCCACACUAACCACCUGCCCAGUGGGCAGGUGAACUUCAAGAAAUUUCGGGAAAUUUCCAGACAAAUCCAUGACUUCAUCACAUGGACACAGGUGGAGUGUCCCUUUGAGAAGGACAAGAAGCUUCAGAACUACCUGCUCACAGCACCCAUCUACAGUGAAGAAGCUCUCUUCGUGGCCUCCUUUGAGAGUGAAGGUCCUGAGAACCACAUGGAAAAGGACAGCUGGAAGACCCUCAGAAGGAGGCCAAGGGCAUGUCCACCCAUAUCAGAUAAAGGAAGCUCUUCCACUUGCAGGGAUUCAAGCGUAAAACUGCUGUGAGAUGGACCACUCUCCUUAACCGAGCCUGAGGGCUCAGCAUACAGCCUGCGGAAAUGAAACGGAGCACAUAAAGGAGCACAUUUUAAUCCUGACUGAUAAGCGUUUAGAUAAAGGAGGCCUCGCUGGUUGGGGUCCAUUUUGUAUAUAUCUUUUAUGAAAAAGAAUUGGUAAUUAUUUCAUGCAUCAACCUGUGGCCCUUACAGAAAAAGUUUUGGAUUUAUUUUAAAUAACAGGGCAGGGUCCUGUUUCAGGGAGUUGAGGGAGAGGGAGAGUAUCAUGGUAGAUGGUAUCCAUGAUAAUGUCUUAUUCUAAUGAAAUGUAGAUUUUUAUUUUCUACUUUUUAUUAACAUCUUAAGGAAAAAUAUUUUUAAAAACCCAACCAAAACUAACAGAAGCCCUACCUGUGUGGACACCUUUGCAGCCAGUAUCUCUUAUGUUCCGGUUAGUGCCUUAGAGGGUCCUGAAAAGGCCCACUCUUCCUGCCCCUCUUCCUAACCGGAAGUGAGUCAGGGCGGGCACCAGGAAGUUCCGCGUUGAUGUCCUUGGCUCUUCUAGCACCGGCCAGCUUGGUUCUAGCAAGAAGGACUGGAGUGGCCAAGAGGUCUCUUUUACUGGAUUUCUGGAUUUGAACCUUUGAGGACAGGCUUUCCAAAGUUUACAUUUGGUUUUCCCUCCAUCGGGGAUUUGUGGGGUAGGAAAGAGGGAUCACGUGCUGGGUGCUCCUGCUGACCCAGUGGAGUUGAGAGCCCUGCAGAAGCUCCAGGUCAUUCACUUGGCAGCACAUUUUCUGUUGAAAUAUGUCUAAAAAAAUUAUUCUUCAACUGAAUUUUAGGAAACAAGGAAAUAUAAAAACCAGGAAAAUCCUGAAAAUGUGCCAGUUUUUAAGAUCAUAACUGAAAGACACAUUUAUUUGUAAUGAAAAGAAUAGAAUUUCAAAUUGUUAUGUGAAAAUAAGCUCUUAAUUAAAUCAGGUAUUAUUGUGGCCUACACUCCUGCCCGUCUAUGGGUAGGGCACUCCCCUAAUCAGAAUCUUGGACUAGAUAUUAGCCAGACUAUUAAUUACUGGAACCCAAUCAAAUAAAACUUCCAUUUAGAAAAAUAUCCUGCACCCAUAUUAGAAUUUUCAAUUCCGUGUUCCCCCACUGACUGGGAGGAGAGAUAAUGACAAGUCUGUCAGAAAACCAGAUACAGUCCAUCCACCUAUUGUCAUCCGUGCCUCUCAAUAUGUGUUUUUUCAGCAGGAGUCUUGAAUUGGAUGGUGUGAGUGAGGGGGGUCAGUUCCUAGCACCUAGAGUUGAGGUGCCUACAGGGUGAUCCUGCUGACCCAGUAGUGCUGAGAGCCCUACUUGGGAGGGCAAAUGACUGUGCUUAACCUGCUACAGAUGUUUCCCUCUGCCCUGGGUGGAGUAAGACUAUCUACACUGUAUUGUUACAGUGUUUGCACUUUUCAGAUGUUCUAGAUAGUACAUACUGUAUAUUGAUAAUACAUAUUGUUUUGUUUAUGUAUUUGAGAUAAAGGCUUACAACUUGAGAAUAUAUAUUUGAAAGUCAAUGAUAGAAAAUAUCUGUAAAUAUAUUUAAGAGAUUUCACUUAAAUAUGCACUUAAUUGGGUCAUCAGUUCUAGUACCUACUUGAAAUGGUAUCUGUGUUUGCUACUUUAUUUUCUUAGUUUAAUACACACCCUAAAUAUGCUGUUGUGGUAUUUUGAAGUGAACUGAGUAUUAAGCUCUACAAUAGUGCAGAAUGUCAGUUCCCUGCGUAACUGGACGUACUUGCAUCAAUAAAAGGACAUAUUGCUCUUCCUCAA